AUGCAAUAUAUCACUGACCUAAGGCACUCAUCCAGCAUGACCUCGUCCUCCUCAUCCUCCACAGCCAGAGCAGCUGAGCCUUAUCACCAAGGCAACAUCAGAAUGACCCUGGAGAACUCUGACCUGUGGAAGUCCUUCCAUCACCUGGGGACGGAGAUGAUUAUUACGAAACCUGGCAGGAGAAUGUUCCCACACUGCAACAUUAGUGUAUCAGGAUUGUCUCCUUACACAAACUAUUUAAUUAUAGUGGAUAUGGUUCCUGUGGACAACUUUAGGUAUAAGUGGAAUAAAGAUCAGUGGGAGGUGGCAGGUAAGGCAGAGCCGCAGCCCCCCUGCAGGACUUAUGUGCACCCAGACUCCCCUGCACCAGGAAGCCACUGGAUGAAGCAGUCCAUCUCCCUCCUCAAACUCAAGCUUACCAACAACACACUGGACCCUAAUGGCCAUAUUAUCUUGCACUCCAUGCAUCAGUACCAGCCGCGCUUCCACGUGGUCCAGGCAGAUGACCUGUACAGUGUCCACUGGGCGCCGUUCCAGACCUUCAGCUUCACAGAGACCUGCUUCACUGCCGUCACUGCCUACCAGAAUAGCAAGAUCACAAAGCUGAAGAUCGACCAUAACCCCUUUGCCAAAGGAUUCAGAGAGGAGGGGACCCAUGGAAAAAGAUUCCGUGCUCACAAGGGUCAAACCUGUCCAGAGAAUCCAGCCAAGAAACUGAGAACUGAAGCAGAGAAGGAUCCGGAAUACCAAAGCUGCACAGGUAAGGACCCCUUCUCCCUAAGUGUAUGCCCUGUUAUGUGUAAACACACUUGGGCAAUAAAACCUGAUUCUGAUUCUGUUCAGUUGUACCAAGUCACCAGAGGCCUGUCGUGGUCUGAGGUCUGUGUCUGUUCUGUGCCCUCUGUUCACACUGACACACCUUUAUGUUAUUCUACAGACUUCCCACGCCUGCCAUACGAUCCCCAGAGAGAGGAUGAUGAGGUACCCAUGGGGCUCAAGCAUGGUCCAGGCCCUCAGGACGACCACAUGUCCCCCUGGGACUCGGAGCAGGACCCAAGCCACAGCCUUCAUGGGGACGCCCCCAUGGACUUCAGCAGCUCAGAGCAGCUUGUGCCUGGUCAGGCCACCUACCUCCUCUACAGAUCACAAGAUUUCAGGCGCUUGCCAUCGCCUCCAAGUAUAGAUUCCAACGUGGACCGCCGCCAUUACGAGUCCCCCGUCGAUGUGGCCACUGUUCCUGACAGGGAGGUCACCGGACCCCGUAUUUCAACUAACGUGGGAGGCCCUCAGGGUCGGCCUCUGAACGGCUCAGUGUCCACCAGCCACAUGCCACUGGCCUCCAAGAACAAGCCUGGACAUGCCACUCCACCUCUGUAUGGCCACCACAUGGAGCAGCCGUGUGGACAGUGGAAUGCACCGAUCCCCACACAAUACCCCACUUCCAGCUACAACCAUCCACAUCGUCUGAUGGUGGAACAUGGCCACAGCCAUCACCAUGGUAAUGUCACAGAGUGGAGCCAGUACCCACUGUUUUCAUACUCCUGUUGGUGACACAAGAGAUGGAUAGGACAAUCGACCAAUCAAAUAUGGAGCCAGGAUUUAGCCCUCAAGACUCUUUAAGACCCCAUAUGGUUUAAUGGUGCUGCUGGUGGGAAGCUCUUGCUGCUUCUCUGAACCACUUCAGAAUGGAAAACUGCAUAUCAGUUCUCUUAACAAGAACACUUGAGUGAGAUUGUGAGUAGAUGGGUACCUAACAAUUUGCAUGCAGUGCAUGAAGUGUCAUAGUUAGACAAUGUGACUUGACUUCCGUUUUUUUUUUUUAAAGUUUGCAGUUGUUGAUACUAAAAAACAAAUGAUGAAAAC